UUCACAAGCACUGGUUUUUAUGGAGUAAUUCAUACCUAAUAAAUGAUAUGGAGUGUAAUAAAUAAAAUUCAUCCUCAUAAAAUUAUUUCUUCACAGAUUUCAUCGCAAGGCCGAUCGAGAAGCUCACCAUCUCAAAUUUCUUUGCGAAGUCGAGAGAUCCCAAACACGCUAUGCUAAUUAUUUCAGAUUUGCCUAAUUUUUGGUAUGUUGGCAGCAUGGUAUUGAUUACCUAUCUUUCGUUUCAAGAUUGAAGCUAGAAAAUCCUUCUUUAAUCCUAAUUAUUUACUCCCUCCGUCCCUGAAUGGAUUACAAUUUUUUUUCUCUCUUCUCUUGAUAACUUUUGUUUGUUUACGCGAUUUUAUUAAGUAUUUGAUAAAAUAAAAUAUUCUUGUCACCUCUUGUUUUGUAGAACUUUUGACGUAGUUUUUUAAUAUAUUCGAUGUUGUAUUUUCAAUUUUAAAUAUUUUAAUAGUCUAGCUAUUUAUAAUUGGUGUUGGAAGCUAGGAUGAGACACUGUCUGCAGCUUUGUUUUCUGGUAUGUCAAGUGUUUCCCUAUCAAUUUCUUUGUGAUUUCAUUCUUGUGGUAAUUAUGAAUCAAUCCGAGCAUCAUAUUCUUGAGGUGAUUUUCAUUCAAUUCAUUAAUUUUGGGAGCUUUUUGCCAAAUGAUAGAUGAAAAUGCUUCAAAAUUAUUUGCAUUUAACCAGAUGAAAAUGCUUCAAAAUGAGUUGCAUUUAACAAAAAAACAAUUUAGCAAACAUGAUCAAAAGCCUCUUCAAUACUUAGGAGGAAGUUGUUUUCUUUUUUUCACAGUAAAAUGAGGGAUAUCCUUUGUUUUUAUCCAUUUUGACUAAAGAUUGUGUGAUCUGAUACUCAUUUGCAGGAUCAUAGUCCUCGCUUAGAGUGGUUUUUAGAAAUCGUGGCUUCAUUGUAAGAGAAUUAUACACCUUUCCUGGACUUUGUGAGUUUGUCCCCACUUUAAUGGCUCUUGCAACCUAAAAGAGGUACAGAGUAUGAUUUAACCUAACUUUACAAAACUUAUUUUGGGUUACACUCAAAUUCUUUUUAGAUUGUAAGUUAUAUCUAUUUUUUGCGCAUAAUUCAUUGUAAAUGGUGGAAGUAUUAUGCAUUCUGAUUGAUUACAUCUCAACCAUUUGGCACCACUAAGUUUAUCAUUCCUUGAACUAUUCUUACCCCAUAUGUUUUACUCCCUCCGUCCCAAAAAACUUUUCUCUUUUCUUUUUUCAUCCGUUCCAAAAAAUACUUCUCAUUUCUAUUAAAAAGUUACUUUUAUCCUUACUUUUUCAUAUCCUACCUAUCACAUCAUACCUUUUUACUAAUAAUCUACCCAUCAAAUCAUACUUUUAUUCAUCACAUCAAAUGACAUUUUUGAAAAUUCAAUACCAAAAUACACAUCCCUUAAAUCCCUCUUCAAAAUCAACAUUUGCUUUAGCUAAUUUAAGAAGCCACACUCCAUUGAGGUUUCAACUGCUUUCUUUUAAUUAUUUUAUCACCACUUGAAAAUAGAUCUAUUCUAACUUUGGUCGCUACAAACUACAAGUUUCAUUUGGAAGUAUUUGAAAUGGGAUACUGGUUGUAGUACGUAUCUUUACUUACUACCCACCCAAGAGAAUUUGUUCUUUAUGACAACUAUUGGAAUGUUUAUAGAGAAGAAUUAUUAUUGUGGAUGAUUUUAUGCAGCCUUUUUGAAUCCAUAACUCCUAAUGGAUCGAUGCUUACAGUGAUGACGAAGGAGUGUUAAUAAAUUGCCAGGGAGAUGCACAUUUUUACUGUAAAAAAGAGGAGAGUUUAUAGAAAAGAGGCCAGGAAGCUAAGGAACUCAUGUGAUAGAAGAUAUAUUGUGCUAAUACCAUGCAGUUAAUAAUGUAGGCCUUAUAUUUUUCUUUCGUUCAAAUGCACAAGGAUUGAGCUAUAUGUGCCCCAAUAUUUAUACCUCAAUUUGUACCCCGCAGUUGAUUCUGCAACUCCCUGGUCCCUGAAAUAAAUUUACCUACCCUCCGCCCAAUACAAGAAGGCCUCAAGACUCAAAUUCCCCUCUGAAUCUCUUACCAUUUCUCUACAUCCUUCUCCUGCAUUUGCUCUCUCUCUCCCUCUCUCUCUCUCUCUCCUUUUCUUCAUCUUCUUUGCCAAGUUUGUUGUCUUCAUGAUGAGCAGUGGAAGAGGCAGGUUACCAUUCACUGCAAACCAGUGGCAAGAACUUGAACACCAAGCUCUUAUAUACAAAUACAUGGUAUCUGGCAUGCCUGUCCCUCCUGACCUUCUCUACUCCAUCAGAAGAAGUCUAGAUUCUUCUCUCUCCUCCAAGCUCCUCCUCCACCAACCUCCUCAAUUGGGGUGGAGCUGUUUCCAGAUGGGGUUUGGAAAGAAGAUUGACCCAGAGCCAGGGAGGUGCAGAAGAACAGAUGGGAAGAAAUGGAGGUGCUCAAAGGAGGCCUACCCAGAUUCCAAGUACUGUGAGAGGCACAUGCACAGAGGCAGAAACCGUUCAAGAAAGCCUGUGGAAGUUCUGAGUACAGUGACAUCAACACCAUCCCAAACACCCCCUAAUUCCAUUCCCUAUUCAUCAUCAUCUUCUUCUUCUUCAUCAAUGAAUAAAAACACAUGUACCCCUUUGCUCUAUACCCAUUCGUCCUCUUCAAGGCCUCAUGCCAUUGCUUUGUCUUCUCAUGGGGACCACACAACCAAUUUCCUCCUAGACUCUGGUCCUUAUUCUAGAAAUGGAUAUGGUCAUGUCAUUAAGGAGGAAGUGGUGGAUGAGCAUGUGUUUUUCUCAGAGGCUUCUGGGAGCAUAAGAAGCACAACUGGUUCAAACUCAGUAGAUGAAGACACAACUUGGCAGCUUGCUCCACUUACAAUGGCAUCUUCAUCACCCUUAGGGCAGUUGAAAGAGAGGGACUAUUGUGUUUCUCAUGAUGGGUACUCCUACCUGCAGCUUAAUGAGGCCUCCAGACAUCAUCAGAGACAAGAAGAUGAUUACUAUGGUCUGGGGAGCAAAGAUGAUCAUCAGCCCAAGAAAGUGAUGCACCAUUUCUUUGAUGAAUGGCCCAAAGAAAACAAAGAUUCUUGGCUUGAUUCUGGGGAUAAAUUCUCCACCCAUGGGUCCCACCUCUCCAUCUCUGUCCCAAACUCAUCUCAUGACUUCUUCAUGACCCACAAUGAAAAGUGAGGAAGGUACAGUGGGGUGGCUUUGUGUCUCUGAAGCAAAGGCCAAAAGAGUGAUCAAGGGAAAUGGUUGUGGGGGCACUGCCUUUACUGGUCUCUUGCUCUCAGUAAACAUGUGUACUGCUCAAUAGCUUGCUUGUGUAAUUUAUAUGGUAGUACUUGAAUUAGAAGUUUGUGUGUGUGUGGAGGAGCAGUGGGAAAUGUCUGACCACUGGCCAAUUCCACAUGUGUUUUGGCCUUUUCUGUUCCACUUUCUUCUUAAUCCCCCAUUCCAACAUUUUCAUGUUUUUUUUAAGUAUUAUUGUUAUGUUUGGAAGGCUCUUCUUGAUGUGUGGCU